UCGGCGGUUCUCUUUCCGUUGGGUUACCUCAGUGGCUGAGACUGGAAAUCAAGCACUCGAGACAGCGUCCACACAAGGAAGUCCGCUUCGUUUUGUCAUCCUUCAGGUUGCGGUGUCUCUGCUGUGGCGUGACAAGGACGAAGCUUCUGAAGUGGGGCUGCGGUCUGUUGUUCUGUGCGGUCUUGCAAGCAAUAGCGACCAUGGCGUUGCCAUUUAUAAAGGACCUGGACAAGUACAAGGACCUAGAUGAAGAUGAGCUCCUUAACAAUCUGUCAGCGGACGAGCUUAAACAGCUGGAAACGGCCCUUGAGGAGAUGGACCCCGAGAAUGCUCUACUUCCAGCAGGUCUGCGCCAGAAAAACCAAACGACAAAACAAGCAACAGGAACGUUUGACAGAGAGCGUCUCCUCAAAUACCUGGAGAAGGAAGCCUUGGAGUACAAGGACAGGGAGGACAUUGUACCCUUCACGGGAGAAAAGAAAGGCAAAGUAUUUAUUCCUAAACAGAAACCAAUGGAAACGCGAAAGGAGAAUGUCACAACCCUUGACCCGGAAUUAGAGGAAGCCCUGUCCAGUGCCACCGAUACGGAACUCUGUGAUCUUGCAGCAAUCCUGGGUGUUCACACGCUUGUAACCAGCAGUCAGACAUACGACGGAACUGGAGAUGGCUACAACAAUGUGGUUAAAGGGGAGAAGAUGAAUCCUGUAUUUGACGAGCCACCCAAUCCCACAAAUGUAGAAGAAACACUAAACAGGAUCAAAAACAACGAUGCCUCCCUAACCGAGGUCAACCUCAACAAUAUAAAGAACAUCCCCGUUCCCACUCUUAAAGAUUUUGCCAAAGCCAUGGAAAAGAACAAAUACGUCACCAAGUUUAGCAUGGCUGCCACACGGAGUAACGACCCCAUAGCAGUGGCUUUCAGUGAUACGUUGCGUGAGAACAAGACGCUUCGAAGUUUGAACUUGGAGUCCAACUUCAUCACCGGUGCUGGGAUGCAGUCGCUGAUUGACGCACUGCGAGACAAUGACACCCUCACGGAGAUAAAGAUUGACAACCAGAGGCAACAGCUGGGUACCAAUGUUGAGAUGGAGAUUGCUAAAAUGUUGGAGGAGAAUAACAGCAUAGUGAAGUUCGGCUAUCACUUUACCAAGCAGGGCCCACGCUCUCGAGCCGCCGCCGCGAUAACCAAGAACAACGACCUGGUUCGCAGAAGGCGAGUGGAAGGGGACCAGUAGAGGCGGAGUCCCGACCGUCUCCUGGCCAAUCGUGUCGCUUCAUCUCGCCAUGUGGAGCCAUUUCCACCAAUGCCCUGAUCUCAUCUCACCGUUCGGAGCAAGUCUUGUGCCAAAGUUUGGGGCAAGGCGCACUCAGCAAGAACAUACAUCCGAGAGGACGAGAAAUAACUGGAAUGAUAUGCCCCUUCCUCCCAUAUUUACAUUUAUUGUUAUUAUUUUGCUGUCAUUGAAGGUGUACAUCAAAUUAGUUUUUAGUCUUUCCAUUUCAGCUGCUCCCUGGUUUAAGUCUUGAACUAAUCCAUCCAUCGUUUUAUUUUCCUUUUAUACCAAUAGAAUAUGAAUUCACAACAUUGUGUAGCCUAUUAGAAGCAAUCCUCGACAUUCAGGAUCACCUCAUGGAACACCAGGGUCACAUCAGCAGCUCUUACAGCAGGAUUGCCUGCCUAAUUAAAAAAAAAAAAAAAAAAAAGACCCUCCACAGGUCUUAAAAAGCCACGCUGCUUUACAUCACUGCUUCAUAUACGCUCUAACUCAUUUGCUGCUAGUAAAUGAUCAGUUUCAAUGCCAUUGACGGCGAUCGACAUCCAAGCCAUUUUGACUGGGAGGGCUGUCGAAAAUCAUUCAAUGCAAGCCUCUCCCAGUCAAAAUAGUUUGGAUGUCGGUCGUCGUAAAUGGCAGCAAACAAGUUAAAUGUUGUCUUUAUUCGAAAGGUUUUAUAUUCCUCUGAUUAAAUUUUAACUGAAUAGUCUUCUCACGACCCCCGGUGACAAAUAGGAAUUACCACCAUUGAGUAAAUGUCGAAUGGAAAUUAGGCAGGAUAUGAUGUCUUUCUGUAGUAAUGAGGUUUAACAGACGAAGCCAUAAGUUUCUACUCAGAUGUUAAACCAUGCCAAAGACCAACACAUGCAUUGCUUAAUUGUCUUAUUUUGGACCAGAUGUUUAUAUUGAACAUGUAUUGGCUUAAAUAGACACCUCAUUGUAGUGUCAAAUUCUAUUUUUGUUGUUGUUGCAACAUUGCUUAUGUUUCCUUUUGUUCCCCCACUAGUCCCUAAAAUGGGAUCAACAACUUAUUUGAAACUUAGUGCUGUAAUGCAAACGGUUACCACCAGUGAUAAACAUCUGAAAUGAGAAAUUUGCUCAAAUUACCUUUGACUAUAUAUAAUUAUGUGAAGACACUGACACUUUGCGCCAACUCAAAAGGGACAUGAGAACAAUGAGCACAACACUAAUAACAGUCUGCGUGCCUCAAGCUAGACAUCUCAAGGUACAUUUCCUAUUCAAACUAAACAUUCCUUUAAAAAUAUCUGGGCAGUGCGUGUUGGAUUCUUUGCACGUGCGCCUCAUCCAUGCUUAUCUUUUGUUUUUGUCGCUUAAAUAUACAGGUGGACAGCUAAUGUGCAGCUUCUGCAUUGGGCUUUGUGGAUCUGUUUCUUGUGUGAAAAUUGUUCAAUGGCAUCUCAAAAUGCAACAUUUAUGCACGCUACAAUGUGUGUACAACACAAGUCUGCACAACUACUGUGGCAAUUUUUUUGUAUAUUGUUAAAAUAACAGGUGCCGACUUAACGUUAAGACAAAACUGGUGAAACGCACUGCUGAAUAUAUGAUAUCUUCAACAAUAAAUGUUUUUACACUCA